AUGGGCAAUUGUAGCACAAAAAAGAGAGUUAAAAAAUAAUCAGAAGUAGUUGUAUCUACUGAAGGACCUGAUGAAAAAACUAGAAUCGAUAGAAAAUAAUAAAAGUCUUAAACUUUAACUCCUAUUCUUGCUAAAACUUUUUUAUCUGACACAGUAAAUGAGUCAGUUAUUUCAAUUCGUUCUACAAAAAAAAUUCUUGAUUAAUAGAAAUAACCAAUCUAAAUAAGAUCUGGACUCUUUAGAGUCUAUACUUUAUUAGGAGGUAGGCCUGAUUCUUUUUUAGAAAAAUUAGAUGAUAAACAAAUUAGGAUAGUCUAACAUAAUAUUAGUGGAAGUAAAAAAAGGGUAGAGACUAUUAAUAAAUCUGAUACUUCUACUCAGAAUUUUAUUCUCAAAAUCUAAAAAAACAGAUUGGUAUUUAAAUAAAUAAUAUUAGUAUAAUGAAUAUAUCUGUCCAAUUACUAAUAUUUAUGAAGACACAGAUAAAUAUUAUCUGUUAUCUGACUAUUGUAGUGGAGGAAGUUUAAAUUCAUUAAAAGGAAAAUUAAAGGAUAAUUAAGUGACUAUCCUAUUAAAUUAAAUGGUAACGGCUAUUUCUUAUUUACAUUCUAAAAAAAUGGUUCAUGGUAAAUUGUCUUUAGAUAGUUUCCAUUUAUUAAAUGAUUUAAAUAGUCUAUUUUGUAAAUUGAUUGAUGCAACCUGUUUAUUUUAAGGGAAAGAGUAAGUUAAAAUAGAGCCAUCAUAAGAAGAUUAUGCUGAAGAUAUUUAUGCUUUAGGAAUGAUUGCUUAUUAAUUAUUAACUGGAUUAAUGCCAUAUUAAAUAAAAAUCAAUAAAUAAUAAGAAAAUAAUGAAAAUGCCCUAGUCCUAUUAUAUUUUAAUGAAGGAACUUCACCUUCUUUAAAAUAAAUAUUGAAGAAGAUGUUAGAGAAGAAAAUAAGUGAGAGAAUAACAAUAGAGGAACUUAAAAGAUAAUUAUAAAAAAAUGAUAUAAGAAAUAAUUAUUCAGAUUUUUUAAUAAAACCUUUGUAUUUGUUAUCAAAAUGUAAACAAAGGAAUUAUUUUCAUGUUGUAAUUCUAGCUUUUAUGCUGAAUAAAUUCAAUUAAGAAGAAGAAUGUAUAUUAGAGAAGAUAUUUAAUGAUGCAGACCUUGAUUAAGAUGGAUUAUUGAAGAAAGAGGACAUUAUUCGAUUAUAUAAAUCUAUAGUUGAAUAUGAGAGUAUAAAUAUUGAUAUUCAACAAUUAUUUUAGAAAUUAGAUGUAACAAUGAAAGAAGCAUUAGAUAUAAAGGAAUUUGUAUCAGCAGCAUUAAAUCUUGAAGAUUUAUUAUCAUAAACAUAUUUAGAAACUUGUUUUAAAUAUUUAUAGAAUUAAAGAGGGUAUAUUACUUGUAAUAGUGUCAAGAAACAUAUUGAGAUUAAUGAAGAAUUGUUUAUUUAGACUUUAGAGGAUAUUAAAGGUUAACAAAAGGUAAUAUAUAAAUUGAUAUAUCAUAGGUAAAUUAUAAUGAAUUUACUGAGAUAAUGAGAUAAUUAUAAUGA